UCUUACUUUAUUACUGCUUUUGCAAUUAAGACGACCAAACUAUUCCAUCUCUCUCUCUCUCUCUCCUUUAUUUUCUCAUUCUCUCUCCCAGAUUCUCUAUCCAACGCCAUGAUAGGAGAGAAAGAUCUCGCUAUCGACGGCGAAUGCUCUCGAACCAAAACAUCAAAGCCUCUAUUCUCUCAUCUCAACAACAACAACAAUCAACCUGAGAGAAUCAGCGUCCGGUCCAGUAACCUCGAUGGGUCUCCUUCUAAAUCCUCGCCCAGAUCAGGAAACGAGCUCACUCUCAGCUACCUCUGCGGCGAGAACCGCGACCUCUCCGAGAAAAUCGCUGACCAAAAGGGGAAAGAAGUGGUAACAACCAUCUCCGAGAAUCCAAGCUACGACGAGAAGCGGAUCGAGAGAGACUUCUUCAACCUCAGAGAAACCAAACGAAAGGCCCAUCACGACGAUGACGUCGUCAAAGAAGAAGAGAAUAAUAAGAUCGAGACGCUAAACCUCUCUCUAUCUCUCCCCGACGUCUCUCUAUCUCUGACGGCCUCAAACGCCGUCAAAAGGCCGAGGGUAGCGAGCAGCGAGCGAACGGCGUCGUUUUCGAACGACUUCACGGCGGCGACGGCGUCGUACUCCCACUCCCACCCUUUCUCCCACAACAUGAGCUGCUCGAUGACUCGAAACUCCACGGACUUCGAGACCUCCGAUCACGUCUGGUGCGCCGGCGAAGGAACCAACGGAUCCGUCCACAGCCGAUUCAGACCCGUCGGCGACGGCGGCGGCGGCGGAGUCCUCGCGGUCAAUCCCUUCUCCGGCAAACCCUCGAACUCCUCCGAGUACUCCUUCUUCCCUUCCGAGCUCCCAGCUCGUCCCGGGACCGAAGCCGUCGCCGCCAAAUUACCCAAUCCGGAAGAAGACGACGCGGUUAGAUCGGAGAAGGUCCUCUACGACAUCGUUUCGAAGUCUAUCUCUUCCGUGGCGUUGAUUAUCCAAGGGAUGGCUGAAGAGACCCUGGAAGCAGCUAAAGAGUACUUGAGAAACUUGAUCGACUCUCCCGAGCACAAGGAGAAGCUGACGUGUCUUCAGAGCCACAUCGACAAAAGAUCCGAUCUUUGCAAAGAGACGCUCUCCAAAUGCGUCAAGGACCAGCUGGACAUUCUUGUAUCCGUGAGAACGGGGCUUAAGUACUUCCUCUCUGGUAAAAUCAGAAUCCCUAUGAACGAGCUUGUGGAGAUUUUCCUCUUCUUGAGAUGCAGGAAUGUUAAUUGCAAGAGUCUGUUACCUGUUGAUGACUGUGAGUGCAAGAUCUGUUCGAAAAACAAAGGCUUUUGCAGCUCUUGUAUGUGUCCGGUUUGCUUGAGGUUUGAUUCGGCUAGCAAUACUUGUAGUUGGGUGGGGUGUGAUGUGUGUUCUCAUUGGUGUCACGCUGCGUGUGGGAUUCGGGAGAAUCUGAUCAAACCGGGGAAUAGCGUGAAAGGUCCUCGAGGAAGGACCGAGAUGCUGUUCCAUUGCGUUGGAUGCGCUCACAAGUCGGAGAUGUUUGGGUUCGUUAAGGAUGUGUUCGUGUGUUGCGCUAAGAACUGGGGGGCUGAGACUCUUGUCAAGGAGCUUGACUGCGUUGGAAAGGUUUUUAGUGGGAGCGAUGAUGGUAAAGGCAAAGCUUUGCAUCUCAAAGCUAGUGAGAUGGUUAAGAAGCUGGAGAGUAAACAGAUCUCUCCGCAAGAUGCUUCUAACUUCAUCAUUCAGUUUUUCAACUAUGCAGAGUCGGUAUCAGAGUUUCCUGAACCGAAAGAGCAAACAGUUGUAGCAGAAUCGAGCUACAGAAAAGACGAGGCAUCCGUGACGCCUUCAACGUCCAAGGACCAAAUGAAGAAGGGCUUUGCGUUAGCAGAUGCGAUGAUGAACAGUUUCGAUAGUUUGGAGAGCAUGGUGAGGAUCAAGGAGGCUGAAACGAGAAUGUUCCAGAAGAAAGCGGACGAGGCGAGGAUAGAGGCGGAGAGUUUCAAGAGGAUGACAGAAAUGAAGACGGAGAAGAUGGAGGAGGAGUACGCGGAGAAGAUAGCUCGGCUGUGUCUGAAGGAGACGGAAGAGAGGAGGAGGAAUAAGCUGGAGGAGUUGAAGAAGCUUGAGAACUCGCACUGCGAUUACAGGAACAUGAAGCUGAGGAUGGAGUCUGAGAUCGCAGGGUUGCUGAAGAGAAUGGAAAGUACAAGACAACAAUUGGUAUGAAGGAAUCUGAAAAACAGAGUCUUUCAGUUAUGCAUUUAUUUACUUUUGUGGGAAACAUCAGUCUUGAGUGCUUUAAUUAUUUCUCUUGAUGGGAAUUGCCUUCUGAAUGUGUUUUUUUUCUUCUUUCUAAUCUAUAAUUUCGGUUCUCUGCUUA